AACAUAAUAAAUUUUAUUCAUGAAAUAUUAAGGCUUUGAAGAUAUAGAGGGUCAAAGGGGUUCACUUGUAAGUGUAGAGGAACUUACUGAUCUAUUCAUCCUCAAUAAAAUCAAUGAUGGUCAAAGUAUGAACUAAGUUAAAAAAUUCGGAGAUGAUUAUGGUUUAGCUCGUAAAUUAAACUCGGAUAUAAAGGUAUAUAAUUAAUCUUAAAACCUUUAGUAAGGUCUUGGAACAGAAGCAGAUGUCUAAAAGAAUAGGCAAACCUUUGGAGACAAUUUGCCAGUUGAGAAAGAACCGACAACUCUUUGUGAAUUGAUUAUGGAAUGUUUAGAAGACACUAUGCUUAGAAUCUUGUUAUUAGCAGCAUUAGUAUCAACUGUGAUUGGUAUAAUUAAUGAGGGAUUGGCAACAGGAUGGACUGAAGGGUAAGUUAAUUAUAUUAUAUAUACAUAGAGCAACGAUUUUUUUUGCCAUAUUUUUAAUCAUAUCGAUAACGGCAGGAAAUAAUUAUUUAAAAGAAAAAUAAUUCAGGUAAUUGAGAAGAAGACUAGAUGAUGGAAAAUGUCAAGUUAUUAGAGGAAAUAAGGUAACGGAAAUUGCAACCAAAGAUUUAGUUGUAGGAGACAUUCUUUUGUUUAAUUUAGGAGAUCUCUUUGUUGUAGAUGGUAUAAUCUAAAUUAAUUUUAUAGGUUUGAUGAUAUAAGGAAGUGCUGUUAAAAUGGAUGAAUCUGCAAUGACAGGAGAAAGUGAUGAGAUAAAAAAGUUGCCUUAUUAAGAGAUGGUUUAGCAAAAGAAUUAGUAAUUAAAUCCAGAUGCUGCAAGAGGUCAUACAAGUCCAUUUUUAAUAUCUGGAACAAAAUGUUUAGAUGGAACAGGCUAGAUGUUAGUUCUAGCAGUUGGACAAAAUACAAUAUCAGGACAAUUAAAGAAGCUAUUAAUAUAAGACAAUCCACCAACUCCAUUAUAAUAGAAAUUAGAAGGUGUGGCUUCAGAUAUAGGUAAAUUAGGUGUGAUAGUAUCAAUAUUUACAUUUAUUGCAUUGAUGGGUCAUCUUGGAUAUGAUAUUUAUUAAGGGAAGAUAUAAUUUUAAAGUCUGAAAACUUUAUAAGUUUUGGUAGAAUCAUUUAUGAUAUCUGUAACAAUCAUAGUAGUGGCAGUUCCUGAAGGAUUACCUUUAGCAGUUACAAUAGCAUUAGCAUAUUCAGUUGGAAAGAUGAAGGACGAAUAGAAUUUGGUUAAGAAUUUAUCAUCUUGUGAAAUAAUGGGAGGAGCUAAUAAUAUAUGUAGUGAUAAGACUGGAACAUUAACAUAGAACAUUAUGCAAGUGACUGCAUUAUAUGUUGAAAGUAAUACAAUAAAGGAUUAAGUACACACAUUAAAGUCUAAGUUAAAUAAGAAAACUAUAGAAUUAAUGUGUGAGAGUAUAUGUUACAAUUCAAAUGCAUUUCCAUAAAAAGAUAAAGAAACUAAUAAAUGGAUUUAAAUUGGAAAUAAGACUGAAUGUGCUUUAUUAGAAUGUGCAGAUAAUUUUAAUUAUAAUUUUUCUUAAUAUAGACCAAGUGAUAAAAUUUUAAGACAAAUUCCAUUUAAUAGUAAAAGAAAGAAGAUGAGUACUGCAGUAUAUAAUCCAAAUACUAGAUUUAUAAGAGUUUAUACAAAGGGUGCUUCUGAGAUUGUCUUAAAUUAAUGUAUAAAGGUUGUGGGUCCUGGAGGUAUUGAAUAAGCAUUAGAUUAGAAUGCAAGAAAUUAAAUAUAUAACAAUGUAAUAUAAACAUUUGCUUCAGAAUCUUUAAGAACAAUUGCAAUUGCUUAUAGAGAUUUGGAUCCUCAUUCUUAGAAUUCUAGUGCAUUAGGAUAAAUUCCUUAACUUACUUAAUACAGUUAAUCAAUUUAAGAAGAUGAUUUAGAUAAGGAUUUAGUUCUAAUAGCUAUAGCUGGUAUUAAAGAUCCUAUAAGACCAGAUGUACCUAAUUCAAUAAAGUAAUGUCAUGCUUCAGGAGUAAUGGUAAGAAUGGUUACUGGAGAUAAUAUAUUAACAGCUACAGCAAUAGCUAAAGAAUGUGGGAUUCUUUAAAGCGGGAAAUAACCAGGAUAAUAUGAGGUUGUAGAAGGCAAGACAUUUAGAGAAUUUGUAGGUGGACUUAAAACAAUUAAAGAUAAAGAUGGAAAUGAAAUUAAAGAAGUAGGAAAUAAAGAAAAUUUUAAAGUUAUAGCUAGAGAUAUGAAAGUAAUGGCUAGAGCUUCUCCUGAAGAUAAAUAUAUCUUAGUUACUGGUUUAAUUGCUGAAGGCAAUGUUAUUGCAGUUACUGGGGAUGGUACUAAUGAUGCUCCAGCAUUAAAAAAAGCAGAUGUUGGAUUUGCUAUGGGAAUUACUGGAUCUGAUGUUGCUAAGGAUGCUGCAGAUAUUAUAUUACUUGAUGAUAAUUUUAGUUCCAUUAUUACAGGUAUUGUAAUUUGCUAUUUUAGCUAUGAAAUGGGGUAGAAAUAUUUAUGAUUGUAUUAGAAAAUUCAUUCAAUUUUAACUUACUGUUAAUUUAGUAGCUUUAUUCAUGUCUUUUUUAGGAGCUGUCGUUCUUAAAGAAUCACCAUUAAAUACUAUUGAAAUGUUAUGGGUCAAUCUUAUUAUGGAUACUUUUGCCUCCUUAGCUUUAGCAACUGAACCACCUAAUAUUACUGUUCUUGAAAGAUAACCUUACAAAAGAGAAGAUAAAAUUGUAUCUCCUACUAUGAAUAGAACUAUUGUUGGAGGAUCUAUCUACUAAAUUGUUGUUCUUUGCAUUAUCUUAUUUGUCCUACCUAAAUAUAUGGACUUAUCUAUGCCAUAAGAAUUAAUUGGACUUAAAGUAUUCUAUUUUAUUAUUUAUUUAGUUUCAUAAAAAUGUAGUUUAAAUGAGUAUAUUCUUCUAAUCCUUUGUUGUUAUGCAAGUAUUCAAUUCUAUUACUUGCAGAUAAUUGGAUUACAAAACUAUUAAUCCUUUUACAAAUGCAUGUAAUAAUCCAUUGUUUUGGGGUGUAUAAACAUUCACUCUUGUUAUUUAAUGUGUCCUUAUCUAAUUUGGAGGUAAGUUUGUUAAAGUUUCUCAUUUAACUCUUCAAUNGAGAUUGUCUUAAAUUAAUGUAUAAAGGUCGUGGGUCCUGGAGGAAUUGAAUAAGCAUUAGAUUAGAAUGCAAGAAAUUAAAUAUAUAACAAUGUAAUAUAAACAUUUGCUUCAGAAUCUUUAAGAACAAUUGCAAUUGCUUAUAGAGAUUUGGAUCCUCAUUCUUAGAAUUCUAGUGCAUUAGGAUAAAUUCCUUAACUUACUUAAUACAGUUAAUCAAUUUAAGAAGAUGAUUUAGAUAAGGAUUUAGUUCUAAUAGCUAUAGCUGGUAUUAAAGAUCCUAUAAGACCAGAUGUACCUAAUUCAAUAAAGUAAUGUCAUGCUUCAGGAGUAAUGGUAAGAAUGGUUACUGGAGAUAAUAUAUUAACAGCUACAGCAAUAGCUAAAGAAUGUGGAAUUCUUUAAAGCGGGAAAUAACCAGGAUAAUAUGAGGUUGUAGAAGGCAAGACAUUUAGAGAAUUUGUAGGUGGACUUAAAACAAUUAAAGAUAAAGAUGGAAAUGAAAUUAAAGAAGUAGGAAAUAAAGAAAAUUUUAAAGUUAUAGCUAGAGAUAUGAAAGUAAUGGCUAGAGCUUCUCCUGAAGAUAAAUAUAUCUUAGUUACUGGUUUAAUUGCUGAAGGCAAUGUUAUUGCAGUUACUGGGGAUGGUACUAAUGAUGCUCCAGCAUUAAAAAAAGCAGAUGUUGGAUUUGCUAUGGGAAUUACUGGAUCUGAUGUUGCUAAGGAUGCUGCAGAUAUUAUAUUACUUGAUGAUAAUUUUAGUUCCAUUAUUACAGGUAUUGUAAUUUGCUAUUUUAGCUAUGAAAUGGGGUAGAAAUAUUUAUGAUUGUAUUAGAAAAUUCAUUCAAUUUUAACUUACUGUUAAUUUAGUAGCUUUAUUCAUGUCUUUUUUAGGAGCUGUCGUUCUUAAAGAAUCACCAUUAAAUACUAUUGAAAUGUUAUGGGUCAAUCUUAUUAUGGAUACUUUUGCCUCCUUAGCUUUAGCAACUGAACCACCUAAUAUUACUGUUCUUGAAAGAUAACCUUACAAAAGAGAAGAUAAAAUUGUAUCUCCUACUAUGAAUAGAACUAUUGUUGGAGGAUCUAUCUACUAAAUUGUUGUUCUUUGCAUUAUCUUAUUUGUCCUACCUAAAUAUAUGGACUUAUCUAUGCCAUAAGAAUUAAUUGGACUUAAAGUAUUCUAUUUUAUUAUUUAUUUAGUUUCAUAAAAAUGUAGUUUAAAUGAGUAUAUUCUUCUAAUCCUUUGUUGUUAUGCAAGUAUUCAAUUCUAUUACUUGCAGAUAAUUGGAUUACAAAACUAUUAAUCCUUUUACAAAUGCAUGUAAUAAUCCAUUGUUUUGGGGUGUAUAAACAUUCACUCUUGUUAUUUAAUGUGUCCUUAUCUAAUUUGGAGGUAAGUUUGUUAAAGUUUCUCAUUUAACUCUUCAAUAACAUUUAUUAUGUUUAGGAUUUGGAGUUGGUAGCAUUAUCUUCUCAGUUCUUGUAAAAUUCCUAAUUCCUCAAAAAUGGUGUCAAAGUGUUGAACUUUUCAGAGAAGAAAUUAUUACUCAAGAAAAAAUGGAUGAUACAUUAGCUAGUAGAUUAAGAAGAAAAUCAACUACAAGAUAAAGAAAUAAAAAAACAGAAAAUUCAGAUUAUGUUACUGUUAAAAGCAUGUAAUUAAGUCAUUAAAGAAUAUGA